AUGAUUUUUGUUGUUGCAACACAUCAUUCAGCAAGCCAGGGGUUUGGAUUCCAGAUCAGUCAAAGGAAGAAGUCGAACCUGAAGAAGUCCUCGGAAGAAUCACAGCUGCGUGUGCCCGGCUGGUUCAGGGGACGCGACAGGCGCUGGCGCCCUGCCCCGGCGGGCGUGUGCGCGGCGGCGUGGGUGCCAGUGCAGGGCGGGCGCGGCGGUGCGGGUGCCGGGGCAGGCUCUUUCCUGGGCACUGGCGAUCUCGCAGGACGGAUGCCACGCUACGAGCGGCAACAAUCGGCGAUGGCGAUCGUGCACGGAGGUGACGGGACGGUGCAGUGCGGCAUGGUCGCCGCGCAGGCAGGAGACGCCGUUGGUUGGCGGCGUAUGUGCCUGGCGGUGAGGUCAAGGUCAAGGGCGUGAAGUUCCCUUAGCUUGCGAUCUGAUUUUCCGUGAUUGUAGGGGACGCUGGGCUGGUUGUUAGUUUGCGAUCUGAUUUCCGUGAUUGUAGGGGACGCGCGGGGCUGGUUGUUCGACUACUACUCUCCUGGUGAAGUACGGUCAGUCAUUGGUAAAUGCUAAGUGCACACGGUAGAGGUAUUGGAUUAAUGAUGGCCGUUAGAUUGAGACUUGUUGGCCUAAUCGUGUGGUGCUGAUUGGCUCGUGCGUUAUUGUGGGACUAAUUGCGGGUGCAUGUAAGAAAGUUUUUAUUUGA